UUAUUUACACCCCUACGUAUUUAGUCAAAUAUCAAGUGUAACUAAACCCUUCGCACGCAAUGCGUUUGUAGAAAUGCGCGACAGAGAAUGUGCGCGGAAAAAUCUUGAAAUUCUUACAUAACGAUUAUUACUUUUAUCAAUUUGAUUUUAGAAUGAAAAAAUACGAAUGGCUAGCAACAUUAUGCCGGCGGCAGUUUCUAUCAUCGGCGAUCAACGGCACAGAUUUCCGCCGGGAAAUAUCUACAUUACAGCGUACACGUGUUGCUAUUGGUCAAAAUAAUGGUUUAGAGACAGCUAAAGAGCAGCUGUUGAAGUGCAGAUAUAUUCAUGCCACAGGAAAUUGUAAUGCGAAGGAACCGAGUUACUACGAAAUACUCGGAGUUUCCGAAAAUGCUAGCCAGGAUGAUAUUAAAAAGGCUUUUCACUCUCUUGCUAAGAAAUACCACCCUGAUACAAAUAAGAAUAAUCCUUCUGCGAAAAGGAAAUUUCAAGAGAUAAGAGAAGCCUAUGAGACGCUGAAUGAUUCUGAGAAGAGGACACAAUACGACAUGGUGAGGCAUUCCAGCAGCUCAGAGAAAGAAGGACAUGGUGCGGAUUCUGCAGACUAUGCCGAUUGGUUUGGACAUGGUUUUGAAAAUGCUGCAAGGUUUAGACAUGGUGCUGGUAAUGGAAGGGGGUUUUCAUAUUCCUACCAAACUAAUUUCUCUGAUUCAUUCCAUAAAAUUUUCUCAGAGAUCUUUGAAGAUGCCGAUCAGGGGGCACCUGACAUACAGGUGGAGCUGGUGCUCUCUUUUAUUGAAGCUGCAACAGGGUGCACUAAACACUUGUCUGUCAAUUCAUUUAUUCCGUGUUACUCGUGUGAUGGCCGUGGUUUUCCUAGCGGUGCCAAAACAAGAGUAUGCUCAACUUGCAGAGGCAUAGGAAAAGUCACAAUUCCUCCAUUUACAUCAACAUGUAGCACUUGUAAAGGGUCUGGCCGAAUCAUUGAGGAAAGCUGCAUGUCAUGUAGAGGAUCAGGAGUGGUUGAUGGUGUUAAAGAAGUUAAAGUUGCUGUACCAGCAGGUGUCAAUUCUGGAGAUACAAUCCGUGUGCCAGGAGGUGGUAACUUUGGUGGCCGAGGACGUCAACCUGGAAACUUAUUCAUCAAUCUUAAGGUUGCUGAUGAUCCAAUCUUUUCUAGGGAUGGGGCAGAUGUCUAUGUGGAUGCAAAUAUUAGUUUUACGCAGGCCAUCCUUGGUGGUAAGGUUGAUGUUCCAACUUUGUCCGGAAUGUUCCCAGUAAAGAUACCGAAGGGGGUUCAGCCUGGACAACUUCUGGUACUAAGAGGCAAAGGGAUACCAAAGCCUGGUUUUCUUGUAGACCAUGGUGACCAAUUUGUGCGAUUUCGCAUUAAUUUCCCCAUUGCAUUAAAUGAACGGCAACGUGCCAUUUUAGAAGAAUUUGCCCAGGAGGAGAUAAACAAUGAAAAUGGUACCUCCACUGAAGAGAACUGGUGGCAGCGUCUUAUUGAACAUGUGACGGGCCCUGCGUUUAUGGUUGAAUUUUCUGUAGUUAUCAUAACUCUGCUGUUUCUUCACAAAAUCAUGGGAUGAAUGCUGACUCCAGAGGUCAUUUUGUGGAACUAUGUGGGGUGCCAUCUUCAUUCAAACUGGAUUUCAUCCUUUACAUACUACAGUUACAGUUAAAAGGCAUGCAAUAUAACUGCGAAAGAGAUUUGACAGUUCAUACAAAUCGUUUCUAAGGAGGAAAUACAAUAAUUAUCCGAAGUCGGAUCACCACAACCAUAAGGCAGACUGUCAGGCUCUUUGUAGUGUACAUACCAGAAUCAUAUACAUCGGUGCUUACUAACCUAUUCCCUUCGUCGGCAGCAGGUUGGUGCAUACAAGCUCAUAAACAAUGUUUAUUUGGACGUAAAUUGCCCAGAUAUAAACUAUUAUUUGAUCACAUAAAUCAAAGAUUGGAACUAUAAAUUUUACAUAGCUAUUAAUUUUAAUUUUGUCCAAAUUCCAACUUUUCAACAGAGAAAUUAGGAAUCUGUAUGUCUUCAGACAUUUGCUGUUUUCAGCUUAGGAGAUAGAGCCAUUUCAGUUUGUGAA